AUCUACGACACAGAGGGAACGUUACAGCACUUUAUCGAUGGUAACGAUCCCAGUAAAUCCAGCUGGAUGAGGUACAUCCGCUGUGCCCGACACUGUGGGGAGCAGAACAUGAUGGUCGUCCAGUACAGGUCGUGUAUCUUCUACAGAGCCUGUAUGGACAUCCCCAGAGGAACCGAGCUGCUGGUCUGGUACAACGACUCCUACACUUCCUUCUUCGGCAUCCCGCUGCAGUGCACGGCUCAGGACGAGAACU